AUGGCACCAGAGAGAUUUCAGGUCGGUUGGUACCGGUUCAUACCGUUCCUUGGAUACCACCAUGUUUUGAUGAUCUUGAUCGCAGUCUCUAUCAUAUUACUAUCACUCCUACUAGCAGGUUGCUCGUCAUCUUCACCACUCAUUCCCGACAUCUUCCUCCUAUCCAUCUACUACCAACCAACAACGGCGGUGCCCGACACCUCCCAAGUCGACUACAAUGUCCACCAAGCAAUAAGCAACAUCGUCGGGAGCGCACACCUCCAGGCCCGUGUCGGGUACUUUGGGAUAUGCAUCAACCCCGACGGCGGCUCAUGGCUGUGCAGCAACAACGCUACGGCACUCGCCAACGAGGUGGCCGUCGACCAGGACCCGCUCAACUUGAUCUGGCUGGCGAGCCAGUUCAAGGACAUGAUCGUGUUCCCGUACCUGAUCAUCAUCGCCAUCAUCUUCGCCUUCGUGUGCUUCCUGCUGCUGGCCACCUUUCCCGGCUGGCACGAGGAGGAGGACAGCGAGGGGUCUGACCGCGAGAUCAAGCCCUUCCCCAGCCGGCCCGUUUCGCAGAUCGCGCUGGCCAUCAUCUUCAUCGCCUCCAUCUUCGUGCUGGUGUCGGUGCUGUGGCAGCACACGGCGUCGGUGGCCGCCUCCAUCAUCGCCCAGGACUUCGGCAACGGCAGCGUGCUGUCGGGCAUCGGGACCAGCGCCAUGGUCAUGGGAUGGUUCAGCUUCACGCUGCUGAUCAUCGUCACCAUCGGUCUGCUGGUCAUGAUAUUGAGCAUCAGGGUGCUGACGCAGCUGGCGGACUGA